AUGGACGAGAAAGCUGUGCCAGUCAACGGUGACACUGAAGGUCACUAUUCGGAUGUUCCAAUUGCAGGCACCUCCACAAUCAUCAAACCGCAGUCGCGCAAGCUUCACGAUCCCGAGGUCUCUUUCGAGGAAUACCAUUACUACGCGCUCAAGACUCGGCAGGAAGAAGACAGCAUCGCGCCGCCCAAGACGACAUGGCGGGAGAUUCUGCUGCGCAAGAAGCCCGCCCAUGAAGUCUCUACAAAUGGCGAGAACGGCCACGCUGAUAAGGAUGACGGCAAAGCGCCAAGAGUAAAUCUCGCUGAUCGUAAUGCGCGUUCGCAGGUCAGUGAUGAAGAGUGGACGAAGGCCUCAAGAGCGUUGAGGACGGCUUCUUGGGGCGCUUGCUUCUAUCUUAUCACGACGGAUAUUCUCGGGCCAUAUGGUGUUGGCUUUGCCAUGGGUACGCUCGGCUGGGGUCCUGGUAUCGCUCUCUACACAGUCUUCGGAAUCUGUGCAGGCUACUCUGGCUUUCAGCUAUGGCAUGCAUAUCUCGGCCUUGACAGUCAUCAGUUUCCAGUCAAGAACUACGGUGACUUGGCUUUUCGACUCUCUGGAUCUGGUGCCCGCUAUACCGUCAACAUACUGCAAGCUCUCGCUCUCCUCUUGGUCUUGGGUCAGAUCACGAUCCAACAAGGACAAGCUCUUUCAGAGGUCUCCAAGUUUCGCCUUUGUUAUGCAGUGUGUCCGGUCAUCUUCAUUAUCGUUGGCUUUUUCCUUGGUCAGAUCAGAACUCUGCGAGCAUAUGGCUGGGUGGCCAAUUUGGCGGUGUGGCUGAACUUACUAGUGAUAUUCAUCAGUAUGGGCGCCUUUGCACACUCUCCACCGUACUACGAAAUCGCGACCCUUGGCUCUGCAGGAGGUCUAGUUGAUCCUGCCUCUAUCACGCCAAAUGCUGAUGGCAUCUACCCUCCUAUCAUUCACUAUGCUGGUAUGCCACCAUCGGGUAGCUUUGUUGCUGCACUCAAUGGUCUACUCUCUGGUGUUUUCGCGUACGGUGGAGCUCAGCUGUUUGUAGAAUUCAUGGCCGAGAUGCGUCGACCUCGCGACUUCAUCAAGGCGAUGUGGGGUGCACAGUUCUUCAUAUAUGCCGUGUACUUGAUAUACGGCUGCUAUACGUAUUACUGGCAAGGACAGUACAGCUACACUAUCAGCUACCAAGGGGUGUCGUCGUAUGGUCUCCAGACCGCGGGAAACAUGAUUGGCGUCAUCUCCGGCCUGAUAGCGGCAGCACUAUAUAGCAACAUCGGCAUCAAAGUCCUCUAUAACAAUGUCUUGGCCGACAUCUUCAAGGCGCCUCCAAUCACCAGCAAACCUGGGAAGACCCUCUGGAUAUUCCUCGUACCCAUUUGGUGGACCGUUGCCUAUAUCAUCGCGGGCGCCAUUCCCGAUUACUUUGGCUUCGUUUCUGUGGUCAGCGCGGCAACUGUCAUGCAAUUCACAUAUUCAUUCCCUCCUAUGGUGGCUCUGGCAUAUGACAUCAGAGUCAACUUGAUGCGAUCUACUGGCGGUGGUUUCAACGCCCAGACUGGUGAGGUUGUCCGAAAGUACUCUGGCAUCAACUACUGGAUCAAAGGCUUCCUUGCGGGAGGAACGACACAAGUACUGAUCAAUGUGGUCAACGUCCUGUACUGUCUUGCGGCGUGGGUAGUGACUGGUUUGGGCUUCUAUGCUGCUAUCGAGGGCAUGAUCGAGGCUUUCAAGAUACCACAAGUCAAUAGCUUCUCCUGCACAUCACCUUUGGACCUUUCGGCAGCAGGUUAG